ACACUGAUUAUAACGAUACCCUGUGACUGAGUUCUCUGGAAUAACAUCUGUGUAUCGCAGCAAUGAAUGCAGUCAUCUUUAUCACCGUUGCAAUGUUACAGCAUCAUUAAGUUGCGUUGACAGCGUCCCGCCUAUCAUUUAGCUCCUAUCCAAUCACGCCAUAAUUUUUUUUUUUUAAAUUCAAAAUCGUGUUUCUCUGCUAAACUGUAAAAGGCAAGCAUCCCGCUUCCUACAGAUCUACACUUCAAAUGACCCAUAUGGGCUACUUUGUGAUGUAGGCCUACGUGACGAUGUUUCAGCAGCAGCUUGACUAUUUUCGGACAUUUAGACUACAGCAAAUGAAAGAAAGAAUUGCAAUCGGACAUCGCUGUGACACGGCUCAUGGAGGCUCAUCGUAGCCUAUUCGCGGUCGACUCGGAAUAGGAUGGCAUCCAAAAGGAGGAAGACUGUCUUAUGGUUUUAAUCACAUUUAAUAAUGGCUGACACACUCUGCAAUGCCUCUGCCCAAGGAAAUCUACCCAAAGUGUUGCUUUUGUUGCAAAGUGGAGCCGAUGUUAAUGGAUUUAGCUCAUACAACAUGACUGCACUGCAGGUGGUGAAGUUGGGGAACGACGCCCUGGUCAGGACUCUGCUCGACGCAGGGUCCGACCCCAACUUACGCGAGCCAUUCUGCGGUCUCACGGUGACGCACGACGCCGCACGCGAGGGAUUCAUAGAUUCUUUGCGCGUGCUGGUGAACCACGGGGCAGAUUUAAACCUCGUGGAUAAGAAAGGUAACCUCCCGCUGCACCUGGCCGCCAGGGAGGGCCACCUGAAGGUGGUCGAGCUGCUGAUCGGACUUACCGCGAACCCCCAAACCCCCAACGGCGAUGGGCGCACAGCCGGGCAGCUCGCGUACCUCCACGGGAAGGUGGCCACUGCCCAGUACAUCGAGGACUAUUGUAGCGCACACUAAAGGAAGAGAAGGAUGAAGAUUAAACCCUGUGAUGCUUCUGCUUUUCUGCUUAUGUAUUUUUGCUGACACUUUAUCAUUUUAUUCAGGCCUUUAUUGAAAUAUAUAUGGUUCAAAAUCAUUUUUGGUUAUGAUAUUUUUUUGGAUUAGCCACUUUCAUAUAUUAUCAUAAAGCUAUUGUAUUUUGUCAAUAGCCUCAAACGUACAUACAAAGCCACAGACAGUUACAUGUACUCAAAAGUAGAUUUAUGUGCGAAAAGACAUUCAGGAAGUUUUGCUCACACCCCUCUCUCUUUCUACCUCUGCUGGUAGUAAGUUGUGACUGUAUAAUGACAAUAUGACAC